GGGACGCCAUGGCUGCGCCGCCCGGCUCCGCGGGUGCUGCCCCUUCGCCCCUGCAAUCCACUGUGACCCCAGACGUGCCUGGCCGCCCGGCCGAGCAGAAUGAAACAUCGUGCGAGGACCGGUAGGCGCGGGCCUGAAUAAGGCAGGGGCCGCGCUUGUCUCUUGGGAGGGGUCGGUGCACGGCUUGCAUCCCUUCCUAAAGCCCGGGCGGCUCCGGGCAUCUUCGUAGAUGGGCAGAUUGAUCUCCACAACCUCGUGGAUCCUGGACAGGUUUCAGCAGCUCUCCAGCGUCUAGGGGCUUCCUGAGCCAUGUGUCGGCAACCCCCUGCCAGGGAGAGGGAGGUGGCAGGCGACCUGGAGGGCCCCAGCGGACGGAAGGCGGAACUGACCCAAGCCCCAGCUCUUAGAGGCGCCGAGAGUGGAAACCUGUUUGACCUCUUUAGCCUGGGUUUCUGUCUCUAGUGGGUGCGCACUUGGCUCUGGGCUCACAGCUGGGCUGUAGGCGUGUUCGACCUUCCGAGUUCGUCGAAAUUGAGCUCAAAGUUGCAUAUGGCGGCCAGUGGUACUUGCGAAUGUAAGAUGGGGUGGUGAUCUCCACCUGUCCGAGAGUUUGGGGGCCUUUGAGACUUUCGAGACUUUCAGGAGAAUGGAAGGGGUACUGUAGGAGAUAAGGGUACUUGUCUUCACUCGGCUUGAACAUCACUAGUAGCAACUCUAGGUCACGGCCGCCAGGGGGCGGUGGCCAUGCUUGGAAACUAUGUGGCACCUCUUCCGGUCUGAUUGUGCCAGUUGAAGCCAAAUGUCUUCCGGCUUUGCUUUGCCCGCCUGAGUUCACCGCCUGAGAAACUGUAUACCCGGAUGCCUUUAGGACCGCAGGUGCUGGCAGUGGAUGAGGUGAAUCCCAGCUAGUUCACACACUCCAAGCAUUCUGACUAGGAACCUGACUGUGAUGCUUUCUAGUUCAGAAUGUCUCGAUUUAACCAGAAGCAAAGAGGCCAUGAUGAAAUACUUCCCAGGGUUCCUGAGGAAACACCUUGAGAAGAUACAAACUGCCCGGGUGCCUCAGGCGCUGGCAGCAAUAGGGGAGGGAGUCACUGGUAGACUUAAUGUCCAGUGUGAGGUUUCCCCUACUGCUUUUCCCAGCACCUGUCUCCAUAUCUGCCUGCCCUUGAGGCUUUUUCCUUGGAAUCUGCUAGCCUUAGCUGGCACAGCCAUUGGCUUUCAUGUCAAUAUGCAAAAUGGAGAUUGGUUUGGGAUUAUAGAAAGUGGAGAGAAACUAAUGAUGCUCACCGAGAGCCUUGGGGUGCAGACUGGCAAGUUAAAGCCUCUAAUACCCCAGUCCUAUGUCUACCUUGUGAAAGUGGCCUUGCUGACUAUCUCUGAACCACUUCCCGCCUCUUGCAGGAAUUCCACCGAAACACCAGGAUGGGUUGCUUGACUAUAGAUUUAACCACAGCAAGGGGACCUUGAGAACUUUCUUAGUCCUUUGGUGGUCCAAGGGAUGAGCCUUCCUUUCUUCAGUCUCUUUUGUAGACAUUUGAUUUUGGUUUCUCUGAUAUAGGGGGUGCAAAUUUCAGGGCAGCUCUAACUUCCAAGAUACUGUCUUAGUUUCCUUACCAAUAAGGCACCUGCUUAGGUCCUCAGUCACCUCUGCUUCUCUGAUAAGGAUACAUACAGGUCUGCUGCAACUCCCUAAUGAUUGGUGUUUGAGCUGCAGAUGACAGCCGCAGCUAUUAGUCGAUAGCCAGGAGGGAAUGAAAACUGAGCAACACCACCUACCUCAGACGGCCCUGAGGCUUAAAAUGGAGCCCUGGAAAAAGAAAACUUCAAAGAUAGAAGUUAAGGAGUGUGGCAGUCAGGUAGUCUGGUGUAUCCUAGGUAAAGAUGAAAUCCAGGGGUCAGGGUUAUGUGGUAUUUUGGGGCCAAGAUUAGUGAAUCAAUAGGUGGGAUGGGUCUAUUCUGUUAGUAACAAAUCUGGAAUUAAGCCUUCCCUUUCUGAGACCAGCACAGUGUUAGCUUCCUACAGACCUGUGGCCCUUUUUGCUACCCACUGAUCCUGACCCACCGGGGUUCCCAAGGAACAUGUCAGGAUCUUCUGUUGUUUCAGCCAGCCAAACUUAGUGAACUGAUUCCCUCGGAUUCCUUUACUCUGCACCCCUGUCCAGAAUAAUAUUAGCCUCCCAGAGCAAUUCUAGGCCAUAUCCAGCCAACCACCUAAGAGUAGAGUCAGAGGGACAGACAAACUCUAUAAACACACGCACAUGCAAACAGAUAGGUUCUUCCUGCUCCUGGUGUCUGGGGAUGUAGACAUACCCACAAGUUACCUAGGUAGUGCGAAGAGCUGCCUCCAGGGCAGCUCCCAGAGUGGCUUCUUUUCAGAUGCAUGAAGUCCACUUGGAAGCUUCCUUCUCUGAACCCUGCCAGACUUAGUGCUGUAGGCCAGCCAGGUAGGAUGAGGUUGCAAUAAGGCCAACCCACCCCUUGAAGAGAACCCCAAAACCAGGAAAACCCCUCUGACUAGAUCUUAAGUCAGUAAAGGGAUUUCAGCUGAGGCUGGGACCAAAUCUUCCCUUUCUAUACUGUGGGCAGGGAGGUGGCUGUGUCCCCUGCUGACUGAUGAGGCUUGGUGGCCAUCGGACUUGCUGGAGCCUGUGUGAGGUGGGGUGGAACAGUUAUUCUUGGAUGUGCUAGGGUAGAAUUUCAGAUUUGUUUAUCCUUGUAGGAGGCACCUUGGGGCCAGGGGAGGGGCACCCAGCUCAGCACUAACAUUCAGGUCACCUGGCCCGAAGGGGCCUCAAAUUUCCUUCUCUUUGCUGUGUAUGCAUUGGGAGGCAGAACUAUGUUUCUUCCAGAAAAUUUGGGAAGAGGUACUAGCGGUUCCUAGCAAGUUCAAGCCAAUGUGCAUAGCAGCUAACACUGAAGUAUACUUCACAGCAACUGGCCUGGGGAUUGUGCAGGCCAGAGUCAGUACUAUUAAUAUCUGGGCAUGAGCCCUAACUGGGUGAUCCUCUUAUGUGUGUGUGUGUGGCCUUAGCCUCUGGGACUAGCAUUGAGUGUGUUCCCUUAGUGCAGUAGGGCUCCUGGGGCCUCCUAGCCGCUGUGCCCCACUCCUGUAUAUAGCAACCUACUUCUGCAAGUAGGGGUCCAACCCCACCUAGCUCUUCGGCUGUGCUGCCUAUAGGAGUGAUUCCACCCAUGGAAGACCAGUUCAGGUGGCUAGAACUCUCAAGCUGUCCUUGGGGACAACUAUAAUUCUAAGAGGUAGUGAUACUCUAACUGCUAGAACCUAUACACAUACCUGGGUCAUCCCACUGUCCAGGGACAUCCACCUCUGAGCCCUCUGUGCUCACCUGCGUCCUUGGCUAUGAGCAGCCCCCCAGCUUACCCUGGCAUCAGGAUCUCAGGGUGCUGGGCUCUUGGAGCAGAAAGCAGCAGCAAUGCAGGGUCCUUGGACAGACUUCUCCCACCAGUGGGUACUGGGCGCUCACCCCGGAAGCGCACCACCAGCCAGUGCAAGUCCGAGCCACCCCUGCUUCGUACAAGCAAACGAACCAUUUACACAGCUGGGCGGCCACCAUGGUACAACGAACAUGGUACCCAGUCCAAGGAAGCCUUUGCCAUUGGCUUAGGAGGCGGCAGUGCGUCUGGGAAGACCACUGUGGCCAGGAUGAUCAUUGAGGCCCUAGAUGUACCCUGGGUGGUCCUGCUGUCCAUGGACUCCUUCUAUAAGGUUCUGACACAGCAGCAGCAGGAACAGGCCGCCUGCAACAAUUUCAACUUUGACCACCCUGAUGCCUUCGACUUCGAUCUCAUCAUUUCCACCCUCAAGAAACUAAAGCAGGGCAGGAGUGUCCAAAUACCCAUCUAUGAUUUCACCACCCAUAGCCGGAAAAAGGACUGGAAAACACUGUACGGUGCAAAUGUCAUCAUCUUUGAGGGUAUCAUGGCCUUUGCUGACAAGACACUGCUAGAGCUUCUGGACAUGAAGAUCUUUGUGGACACAGACUCUGACAUCCGACUGGUACGGCGGCUGCGCAGGGACAUCAGUGAGCGAGGCCGGGACAUUGAGGGUGUCAUCAAGCAGUACAACAAGUUUGUCAAACCUGCUUUCGAUCAGUACAUCCAGCCCACCAUGCGCCUGGCAGAUAUCGUGGUGCCCAGAGGGAGCGGGAACACAGUAGCCAUUGACCUGAUUGUGCAGCAUGUUCACAGCCAGCUGGAAGAGAGGAAGCUGCGUUGGGAUAUGGCCGCGUUGGCCUCUGCUCACCAGUGCCAUCCCCUUCCCCAGACACUGAGUGUCCUCAAGAGCACACCACAGGUACGAGGCAUGCACACCAUCAUCAGGGACAAGGAGACUAGCCGGGACGAAUUCAUUUUCUACUCCAAAAGACUGAUGCGGCUGCUUAUUGAACACGCGCUGUCUUUCCUGCCCUUUCAGGACUGCACUGUACAGACUCCACAGGGGCAGGACUACGUGGGAAAGUGCUACGCUGGAAAACAGAUCACCGGCGUGUCCAUUCUGCGUGCGGGAGAAACCAUGGAGCCUGCGCUGCGUGCUGUGUGCAAGGACGUGCGUAUCGGCACCAUCCUCAUCCAGACCAACCAGCUCACAGGGGAGCCUGAGCUCCAUUACCUGAGACUUCCCAAGGAUAUUAGUGAUGACCAUGUGAUCCUGAUGGACUGCACAGUAUCUACGGGUGCUGCAGCCAUGAUGGCUGUACGUGUACUCCUGGACCAUGAUGUGCCUGAGGACAAGAUCUUUUUGCUAUCCCUGCUUAUGGCAGAGAUGGGCGUACAUUCUGUGGCCUAUGCAUUCCCACGUGUGAGAAUCAUCACCACAGCCGUGGACAAGCGUGUCAAUGACCUUUUCCGUAUCAUCCCAGGCAUUGGGAACUUUGGUGACCGGUACUUUGGGACAGAUGCAGUCCCUGACGGCAGUGAUGAUGAUGAGGUUACCUCUGUGGGUUAAUUCCCUGUCCGAGCUACUCUUACUUCUACCCAGCCUUCUGUCCGGAGUCACAGACACGACACAUUAACUUAUUUGAAUUUUAAAAUGUUACCAAUAAUAUUCAGUUUACACAUUUUAUAAAAUAAAUAAAGCUUCAGAAAAUGA